AUGGAAGUAUCUUCUCCAAGCUACAUGUCAGCAAGGUACAGAUAUUCGGCAGCGUGCUGGCCGUGGGCGGCCGCAGCCGCAGCCGCAGGGCCCUGGCGCGCGCGCUCGCUCACGCCUCUGGCUGCCGCAGCGUGCGUGGACGCGCCCGAGAACCUGUCGCUGCCCAAGAAGUACGAGCCGGGCAGCCCGGCGCCCGCGCCGCCGCCCCCGCAGCCGCCGCCGCCCCCGCAGCCCGCCGCCGCCGCCUUCCUGCACUACUCGGCCACCGCGGGCGCGCACUACUUCUCGCGCUCACCCGUCGACGUGCUCCUCCGGGCCUUCCCCGGCCGCAGACGCGUCGACGUCGAGGCACUGCUCAACAGGUGUAAGGGCGACGUGCUCACGGCCAUCGAGGUGCUGGCGUGCGGCAGCUUCGGCCACCAGCAGCCGCCGCCGCAGCACCAGCAGCAGCAGGCGCACCAGCUGGACGAGCCGCUGGCCAAGUCGGCCUUCUCGCCGCUGGCGCCGCCCCCGCAGCCGCGCUACAGCCCCCAGCCGCAGCCGCCGCACCCGCAGCUGCAGCCGCCGCCACAGCAGCAGCAGCAGACGCCCCAGCGGCGCUUCCUGGCGGCGCCGUACGCCGGCACGGGCUACCUGCCCACCGUCAUCCGGCCCCCGCCCGACUACCCCCUGCCGCUGCUGGCGCCGCCCCACGACCUGUACGCCGGGCUCCCGGGGGCGGCUGCAGCUGCCGCCGCCGCAGCCGCCGCCGCCGACAAGGCCGCCGCCGGGUCGCCCAACUCCGCCUCCGGCUCCGACAAGACGUCGUACUCGGAGUGA